AUGGCUCCCAAGGUUGCUAUCAUCUACUAUUCUAUGUACGGCCACAUCCUGGAGUUGGCUAAAGCCGAAAAGAAGGGCAUUGAGUCCGCUGGUGGCCAGGCCAAUAUCUACCAGACCGCCGAGACCCUUAGCGACGAAAUUCUCGCCAAUCUGAACGCUCCCCAGAAGUCCAACUAUCCCGUUGUUGAGGCUUCCGACCUUCUCCAAUACGAUGCCGUCCUUUUCGGAAUCCCCACCUGUUACGGUAACUUCCCUGCUCAGUGGAAGACCUUCUGGGACAAAACCGGAAGCAUCUGGGCCACCGGUGGCUACUGGGGCAAAUACGCUGGUCUCUUCGUCUCCUCUUGUACUCUACGUGGUGGGCAAGAGUCGGCGGCGAUUGCCACCAUGAGCACUCUUUCUCACCAUGGCUUCAUCUACGUCGCUUUGGGUUAUAAGAACGUUUACCCCCUCCUGACCAACUUGGAGGAUAUUCACGGUGGCAGUGCCUGGGGUGCCCAUACUUUCGUCGGUGCCGACGGCUCCAGGCAGCCCACAGCCCUCGAACUCCAGAUUGCGGAGGCCCAUGGCAAGGCCUUCUAUGAGGCCGCCGCCAAGGCCCACUACCUUACGGACCAGAGUUUCUUCCAUGACGAGGUUUUUGAACUAAUCCGAAAACAGGCUAGAGAAUCGCAGGGAUCCUCCAUCCCCUCUAUUCUCUUCGUCCUCUACAUCGCCUUGCUAUACGAGGAGCUUAAGGUGCUAUGGGUAGCGGUAAUUGGUUUUGCUGCAAUAAAAACGGAGUAG